GCCGCCGUUCACGAGACCAUUUCGCGACCCGUGCCGCCGUCGUCGUCGUGGUGCUCGUGGUGGGUAGGGAGUGGGAGUAGCGUAGGGUACUGCUAGGUUUUUUGGGGUGGCCAUGGCGUGGAGCGCAGCAGCCGCCGCCACGACCAGGGUCGCCGCGGCGCCGGCCGCCGCGGAGCUCCGCCUGCCGCUCGGCCGCCGCGCCUGCCUCUCCGUCGCCGGCCGUUUCCGCGCCGUCUCCGCGUCACUCUCCACCACCGCCGCGGCCGCUUCCGUUAAGGAGGCUGUUCAGACAGAGAAGGCGCCAGCAGCAUUAGGCCCAUAUUCUCAGGCCAUCAAAGCCAAUAAUAUGGUGUUUGUCUCUGGAGUACUUGGCCUCAAUCCUGAGACUGGGAAAUUUGUAUCUGAAAGCGUGGAGGAGCAAACUGAACAGGUUAUGAAGAAUAUGGGCGAAAUAUUAAAAGCGAGUGGUGCUAGCUACUCUUCAGUUGUCAAGACCACAAUCAUGUUGGCUGAUCUACAGGACUUCAAGAAAGUGAAUGAGAUUUAUGCCAAAUAUUUUCCAGCUCCCGCACCAGCGCGCUCAACUUACCAAGUAGCAGCUCUGCCGCUGAAUGCUAGAAUCGAGAUUGAGUGCAUUGCUGCUCUGUAGUUACAUUCUAGUGCUCAUCGGUCAAAUUGUCAAUAAGCAUUCUUUGCCGUUCUAGUUUGUUACCACCCUGGAAUGCACUGCCUUUCUGAACUGACUGUACAAGUACCCAAAUGCCACCAUGAUCCUGUACCAAUUAAGAUCUUGAACUGCCUGCAAUAAGCAUUGAUGCUCACAAAAUGUUUCAGCAA